GUGUUGUGGGGCGGGGUGCAGGCUCCCCCAGCCGGGCAGGUGGUACGCUCCCACCCGGCUCCUAGCCUCCUCCCGCAUCCGUAGCAUCCUCUUGCAUCCUCCCGCAUCCGUAGCAUCCUGUGUUCUCGGGUGUUGGUCAUCGGCCUAGGCCCCCGUGCUUCGGGAACCGGGCAGCCCCAGUGACCUCAGUCCGAGCCCUGAGGCCUCUCUGAGCGGUGGCUGACCCUGUCUGAGGCGACUCCCUGAAGGGUGGCACUACUGAGGCAGGGGUAGGGGCCCCAGGAACCCAGCACCCAGGUGCAGCUGCCACCGCGCUUGCCGCCUGUCGCUUCAGGAUGAAGGGAGAGACACCCGUGAACAGCACUAUGAGCAUCGGGCAGGCGCGCAAGAUGGUGGAGCAGCUGAAAAUUGAGGCCAGCCUGUGCCGGAUAAAGGUGUCCAAGGCUGCAGCGGACUUGAUGACGUACUGUGACGCCCACGCCUGCGAGGACCCGCUCAUCACGCCAGUGCCUACCUCGGAGAACCCCUUCCGCGAGAAGAAGUUUUUCUGUGCUCUGCUCUGACUCCGCCCCUGCCCCGCCCCUAGU